UAGUUUAUUUCGAUUUUGAUUACACUUAUUAUUAGUAAACUAAACGUAAAUUUGUUACAUUAUUCUCGAACAUGAAACAAACACAGACCAAAAAAAAGAAAAAUAGUCCAGAAAAAUAGGAUCUGAACAAGAGGAAAGAAAUUAAUAGUAUUAAAAAAAUAAAAGAGAAAGGGUAGUUUGGUAAAGACAAAAAAAGUAUAAACCUACACGAGCCCUACGCUAUAUAUAUAAUUGAACUUUCCUUUCAUUAAGCUUUGUCCCGGUCUGUCUCUGGUUUUGCCAAAAAAAGCCUUUUCUCCCAAUGACCAAUAUGGUGGUCAUGGAGGCUCGGGUUCCGCAACCGCAACUUCCUCAACCGCCGCCAUCGCCGCCAUCACAACCACCUCGUCCGGCUACAAUCAUCCUCGGCAAGUACCGAUUGAUCCGUUAUUUAGGCCAAGGAAGUUUUGCUAAGGUUAUCGAGGCCAAACCUUUGAGCAAUAACGAUAGCCCAAACGUAGCCAUAAAGAUCUUCAAACGGAAGAAUCUGGAUCCCGAAAUGGAGCCUCGAAUCAUCGAUGAAGUUGAAGCCAUGCGCCGCCUUCACCACCACCCAAAUAUAAUCAAAAUCCAUGAGGUAAUGGCCACCAAGACCUAUAUCUACCUUGUAAUGGAGCUCGCCGAAAAUGGUGAGCUUUUCAACAAGAUCUGCGGUGGACGUAAAUUGAAGGUGACGAAAGUGUGGCAUUAUUUUCAGCAACUCGUCUCCGCUCUCCGAUUCUGCCACCAAAACGGCGUCGCUCACCGAGAUGUUAAGCCUCAAAACCUCUUCCUCGACAAAGCAGGGAAUCUCAAGGUUUCCGAUUUCGGUCUCUCAGCUUUACCUGAUCGGAUCCGCGACGGUCUACUCCACACGGCUUGUGGUACGCCCGCAUACACUGCUCCAGAGAUUUUAACUCGGCGCGGCUACGACGGCGCUCGAGCCGAUGCCUGGUCCUGCGGUAUCAUCCUCUACCACUUACUCACUGGAAAACUCCCUUUCGACGAUCUGAACAUCGCUGCUAAUCUUUUGAAGAUAAAAAAACGGGAUUAUCAGUUCCCAGCGUCGAUCACAGGCAACACGCAGAAAGUAAUUUAUCGUCUACUCGAUCCUAAUCCGAAAACGAGAUUGACGCUCGACGAUCUCGUCCAGUUAUCGUGGUUCAAGAAAUUAAUCCCCACACCAUCGCAGGAGCCGAGUCUGUUCCAAUCAACACCUAGAUUUUGCAAGACGGAGACGGAGAACUCAUCAGCGACGAACGCUUUCGACAUUAUAGCGUCGCUGUCUUCGGGGCUGAAUUUGUCGGGACUUUUCGAGUCUUCAAGGGAAGAAGUGAUCAACAAGAAGGAGAAGCGUUUCACAGCUAUGGCGGAGGCGGAAUCGAUGGUUGAGAAGGUGAAAGAGAUUGGCGAUGGUUUAGGAUUUAGGAGUGAGAGAGGUAAAGGUGGUUGGAGCUUGGGUUUUGGAAAAGGGAGAGUGGUUUUGGUCAUAGAGAUUAUGAAGCUUACGCCAACUUUGUUAAUGGGGGAAGUGAAGGUGGUUAAGGGUGGUUUCGAGCUUGAAGAGCUUCAAUGGCAGGAAUUCAAAUCUGGUCUCGACAAUGUUGGUCUCUCUUGGUUAAACAACAACGUUUAGAUGAAAAUGGUUUAACACAAACGACAUUAAAAGAAAACAAACUGCAUGGUUAUUGAUUGACUUUAAGUUUUGUAGUUAUUCAUGGACUUUCUACCCACUCUUUAGAGUGACGAUGCUAGUUUGGACUAUGGCUUUGAAAUUUUAGUUUAGUUUUUUUUUUCUUGUACAUGGU